AUGACAUUAUCACUAUUAGAUUUAGGUGAAGAUAUACUAUUACAAUUAUCAACACAUUUAACUCCAUCACAAAUCUUCAAAUUAUUUACUUUAAAUAAACAAUUGUAUUCAAUAUUCAGCCAUUCAAAUUCAAUCUACAAUCUUUUAUAUCGUAAGUUAUUCAAUACAACUUAUCCAAUAACUUCGACUCAAAAUUGGAAAGAGAUAUUUUAUACUAGAGUAUCAUCGCAACAAGUAUUCACUUGGGGAGAAUCAAAUGGUGGUAGAUUAGGUUAUUUAUCAACUUCAAUUCCACAAGAGAGUUUAAUUCGUAAUUUCGGAUGGUAUGUACAUACACCUUCACACAUACCUGAAUUUGAUAAUUUUAUAAUCAUUGACAUAUUGGCAACAGGUUUCAAUUUUAUCUUUUUGUUAGAUAAUGGAGAAAUAUGGUAUUCGGGAAUUGCAAGAAAUGGAUAUAGGAAUAUUUCACCUGGUCCAAAAGAAAAAGAUUAUAUAGGAAGAAUAGAGAAUGAUCAUGUUGCAGCGAGAAGAAACUUGGGUGUUAUUCCAAUGCCAUUAAUGUCUCAAAGAUAUCAAAUUCCAAAAGAUGAAGAAAAUAAUGAUCUUAAAUGGAGACAAAAAUCAAAAACUGUGCCCUCAAAUAACAAUUUCCUUUCUAAAUUUGAAAUUAUGGGACAUCCUCAUGUUGUUUCUAUAAGUUGUGGUAGAGAACAUUUAAUUGCAUUAACGGAUACAAAUGAAUUAUAUACUUGGGAUUCAGGAAAUUCAAACAAGAUAGGUAUAAAAUUAACAUUUCCAAGUAUUGAUUCAAGUUAUACUAUUCUUAAAAUAUGUGCUGGUUGGAAUUCAAGUGCAAUUUUAGUUGAGAAUGUUGGGUUAGUUAUUAUUUACAGAAGGGAAGCUUUAACUAAAGAACAAUUUGAAAACCAUCAUUUUACAACAGAUGCUAAAUACAUUAUACUUCCAAACUCCAAAAAUAACAUUGUUGAUCUCACAGUUGGUAAUAAUUACAUUUUAUAUAUUUCAAAAUCAGAUAAUUCAUUAUGUAUGUUUACAUUUAAUCCAGAUAACCUUAGUUCAGAGACAAGCAUAACUGAAUUAAGAUCAAGUAUUAAAAAAUUGGACAAAUUUAAUAAUUGGAAAACUCAAUUUGAAAAACAUAUCGAAUUUACUAAAGUAAGUUCAAAUUUUAAUAAUUUUAUCAUAUUUACAAAUCAUGAUCAGAUUUUAUUUGGUCAUUCUGAAGAUGUGGAAAAUAUAAUUGUGCACGAUGAAUUACAAGGAAGAAAUAUAGUCAGUAUCGAAAUUGGUGAUUAUCAUUAUUUAGCUCUCACUUCAUCUGGUGACAUUUUUUCUUGGGGUAUUGAAUCUAAAUGUUGUGGAUGCUUGGGAUUAGGUUCAAAAGAGGAAGUUAAACAGAAAGUAACUGAUGAAACUAUUGUUAUAGAUGAAGGUAAUGGAUUGAGAGUUACCAAACCUUUGAUUGUUAAAAAACCUGGAAAUGGUAAAUGGAUUGGUAUAGCUGCUGGUGGUUGGCACUCAGCUGGUAUAUUUGUACCUGAUGAACCAAAGAAAGAGCAAGAAAGUGAUAAAAGUGAAGCUUGA